CAUGUGUGUGUUUGAGAGCUUCCCUUUCACACACACUCACACACUCACACACACACACACACACUCAUACAGCAGCCUCCUGUCUCUGCACCCCGGGGUGUGUGUGUGAGAGAGACAGAGUGUGUGCAACUACUUUCUGUGCUGGAUAUUUAAUCCCCCCUCCUCAGUCAGCCUCUCUUUGCUGGGGAAGACAACAUGACGGACGCAGCCACCAACAUGCGGCUGAAGCUGCCGAUCAUCUGCUUCAUCCUGCAGAUCAUCCUCAUCAUCCUCUUCGCCACCCUGGUGCAGUACGACCACGAGACGGACGCCGCGGCAUGGCACAACGGCAGCCACACUUCAGAGUACGAGAACGACUUCUACUACCGGUACCCGAGUUUCCAGGAUGUGCACGUGAUGAUCUUCAUCGGCUUCGGCUUCCUCAUGACCUUCCUGCAGCGCUACGGCUUCAGCAGCGUGGGCUUCAACUUCCUUGUCGCAUCCUUCGCCCUGCAGUGGGCCACGCUCAUGCAGGGCUUCUUCCACGGUAUGCAUGGAGGCAAAAUCCACAUCGGGGUGGAGAGUAUGAUCAAUGCUGAUUUCUGCACCGGUUCUGUGCUCAUCUCAUUUGGAGCCGUUCUGGGUAAAACCAGCCCGGUCCAGCUGCUGGUCAUGGCGAUCUUCGAGGUCACACUGUUUGCUGUCAAUGAGUUCGUCCUGCUAUCCGUUCUGGGGGCCAAGGAUGCCGGAGGCUCCAUGACCAUCCACACGUUUGGAGCUUAUUUCGGCCUUAUGGUGACCCGAAUCCUGUGGCGGCCAAACCUGGAUAAGAGCAAACACAAGAACAGCUCAGUGUACCACUCGGACCUGUUCGCCAUGAUCGGUACCAUCUACCUGUGGAUGUUCUGGCCCAGCUUCAACUCUGCGGUCACCGCUCACGGAGACGACCAGCACCGCACAGCCAUGAACACGUACUACUCCCUGGCAGCCUGCACCAUGGCCACAUACGGCAUGUCCGCCCUCACAGCUCACGACGGGAAGCUUGACAUGGUCCACAUCCAGAACGCUGCGCUGGCCGGGGGUGUGGCUGCAGGAACAGCCGGAGAGAUGAUGCUGACACCGCACGGCUCCAUGAUCGUCGGCUUCCUGGCCGGCAUCAUCUCUGUGCUGGGCUACAAGUACCUCUCGCCCAUCCUGGAGGAGAAGCUGAAGAUCCAGGACACCUGUGGGGUUCACAAUCUGCACGGCAUGCCCGGCGUCCUCGGCGCCAUCGUGGGUGCGGUGACCGCUGGCGUGGCAACUAGAGACGUUUAUGGAAAAGGUAUGGCAGAUGUGUUUCCUGAUGUGGCGAGCGGAGACGUCGAGGCGUCCUAUCAGGGCGUCCGGCAGGCCAUCUCCCUCGCUGUCACCCUUGGCAUCGCCCUGCUGGGGGGGCUCAUUGUUGGUUUUAUCCUGAAGCUUCCAAUCUUCGGCGCUCCUCCUGACACCAUCUGCUACGAGGAUAGCAUCUACUGGGAGGUUCCCGAAGAGGAGGAGGAUGCUCAUGACGGUCAGCUGACUGUAGUGAGGACCGAAGAGACUGAGAAGCUCAACAACUAGACACACACACACACACACACACACACACACACACACACACACACACACACACACACACACACACACACACACACACACACACACACACACACACACACACACACACACAUACACACACUCACACACACACACACACACACACACAACCCAGCACUUGACUAUUACACCCUUUAGUUUGUUAAAAAUACAAGUGCACCGUGUUCAUGUCGACUGCCAAAUGUCUGUCUGUAAAAGCACACUUUCUUUAUUCUGCUAAAAUAAAAUAUCCCCUCCUCUUACGUCACUAGUAAUAACAGGUGUGGCCACAAGAGGGCGAUGUCAGACUGUGUCUGUGCUGCAGGGAGGCUGCGGUGGAGGUGGUGUGUGUGUGUGUGUGUGUGUGUGUGAUGAAAGGUGGCGUUUAAAUGUCCCUCAAACCCAGGCCAAGACUCGCUUACACACUUUAAUUUCAGCGGUCCAUUGAAACCAAAGACAAACUCAGUCAGACCCAGAGUCCUCCUUUCUACGAAAAACAGCCCAACUGAAUCCUGGGAAAUAUUGGUUACUUAAAAAUAUUAUAUAUAUAUUUUAAAUAUGGGAAUUAAAAGCAGAGGAUAUGUGUUUUUUGGUUGUAUUAUCUCCUCAUACUUUAGGUUUGGGAUUUUUCUGUGAUUUUUUACUCUUCAUAUUAAACUGUAUAUGUUAGUUGGAUCAUAAAUGCCACUGUUGGUUCUGUUGUGUUUUUAUUUGAAUUGUGUGUUGGACCUUUAAACAAUAAAAAUAUGAAAUAAACAAUAAAGUAUA